UAGAGUUAACUGUUUAGUUUAAGCAUAAGGAAGCUCCCAAAAUUUUUCCUUUUUCAUUUUCUUUUGUUCAUCCCGUGAAAAAUCUCAAAUCCCAUCAGAUUUGUCCGCCCAUGUCUCAGAAAUAUCACCAAACCCUAGAAAAUUAAAAGGUUCUGCCGCACGUACGGACCAUGGCGGAGGAGAAUGGGGUAGGCAGUGGUAGCAUUGGAGGUGGAUCAGAUAGAUUAGGUUCAAUGGACUCCAUAGAAUCCCGCUGGGUUUUCCAAGACGACGACGACGAUUCCGUUGUAGACGACGAAGAUGAUGAUGAUGAUGGGGAUGAGGAUGAUAAUCACCGCCUUACAGGUGGUGUAGUUGAUUCAGAAGAUGAAGAUGAUAAUGCUGAGCAACGGCUGAUCCGUACUGGACCUCGCAUCGACUCUUUUGAUGUUGAAGCCCUUGAGAUACCUGGUGCUCAACGUAACGAUUAUGAGGAUUUCACAUUGGGAAGGAAAAUUAUACUAGCUUGUCAGACACUUGGAAUUGUAUUUGGUGAUGUUGGGACAAGUCCAUUAUAUGCAUUUGAUGUGAUGUUUACUAAAGCACCUAUAAAGGGAGAAGAAGAUGUUCUUGGCGCGUUAUCACUAGUUCUUUACACCUUAAUUUUGAUUCCCUUGAUUAAAUAUGUUCUUGUUGUUCUUUGGGCUAAUGAUGAUGGUGAAGGAGGUACUUUUGCCUUGUACUCGCUGAUUUGUAGGCACGCUAAGGUCAGUCUUCUCCCGAAUCAACUUCCUUCAGAUGCCCGUAUAUCGAGCUUCAGGCUCAAGGUGCCAUCACCCGAACUUGAGAGAUCAUUGAAAAUCAAGGAAAGACUUGAGACUUCACAGACUCUUAAAAAGCUGCUUCUCAUAUUAGUACUUGCUGGUACAGCUAUGGUUAUAGCUGAUGGGGUUGUUACGCCAGCAAUGUCAGUAAUGUCAGCUGUUGGUGGUCUGAAGGUUGGUGUGGCUGCAAUUGAACAAGAGCAAGUGGUGAUGAUUUCAGUUGCCUUUCUUGUAAUUUUGUUCAGUGUACAAAAGUUUGGAACAAGUAAAGUGGGACUUGCUGUGGGCCCUGCUUUAUUCAUAUGGUUUUGUUCUCUUGCGGGCAUGGGAAUUUACAACCUUGUCAAAUACGACAGCACUGUCUUGAGAGCAUUUAAUCCUGUUCACAUUUAUUACUUCUUCAAGCGGAAUUCUACUAAGGCUUGGCGAGCCCUUGGAGGUUGCCUGCUUUGUGCAACAGGUUCUGAGGCAAUGUUUGCAGAUCUUUGCUACUUUUCUGUCAGAUCAAUUCAGCUUACAUUUUUAUUGCUUGUUCUGCCUUGCCUCUUGUUGGGUUAUUUGGGUCAAGCUGCGUACCUUAUGGAAAACCAUAGUGGAUCUGUGGCUGAGCAAGCAUUUUUCUCAUCAGUUCCAAGUGGUGUUUUCUGGCCUGUCUUCCUUAUUGCUAACAUAGCUGCACUGAUUGCCAGCCGAGCAAUGACAACAGCCACAUUUUCGUGUAUAAAACAAUCAACUGCACUUGGUUGUUUCCCCCGUCUAAAAAUCAUUCAUACAUCACGGAAAUUCAUGGGUCAAAUUUAUAUUCCUGUCAUAAACUGGUUUUUACUAGUAGUCUGCCUGGUGUUUGUCCGCUCUAUAUCAAGCAUUACUGAAAUGGGAAAUGCAUAUGGAAUUGCUGAGCUGGGGGUGAUGAUGAUGACAACUAUUUUAGUAACUAUUGUCAUGCUUCUCAUAUGGCAGAUAAACAUCAUAAUUGUGCUGAGUUUUGCGGUUAUUUUCCUAGGGAUGGAAUUGACUUUUCUAUCGUCAGUUUUAGCACUCGUGGGAGAUGGCAGUUGGAUUAUAUUGGUUUUUGCUGCGAUAAUGUUUCUUAUAAUGUACAUCUGGAAUUAUGGGAGCAAGCUAAAGUAUGAAACUGAAGUUAAGCAGAAGCUUUCGAUGGAUUUGAUGCGAGAAUUAGGCUCUAACCUUGGGACAAUCAGAGCCCCAGGCAUUGGCUUGCUUUAUAAUGAGCUGGUGAAGGGAAUACCAGCAAUUUUUGGCCAUUUUCUGACGACACUCCCUGCAAUCCACUCCAUGAUCAUAUUUGUGUGUAUAAAGUAUGUUCCAGUUCCUGUAGUGCCUCAAAAUGAAAGGUUCCUUUUCCGACGAGUCUGUCCUAAAAGCUACCACAUUUUUCGCUGUAUUGCCAGGUAUGGCUACAAGGAUGUCCGCAAAGAAAAUCACCAGACGUUUGAACAGCUUUUAAUUGAGAGCCUAGAGAAGUUUAUUCGACGAGAAGCUCAGGAGAGGUCAUUGGAGAGCGACGGGGAUGAUGAUACAGACUCUGGGGAUGAGUCCUCUAGCACAAGGCUUCUAAUAGCUCCCAACGGAAGUGUUUACUCACUUGGUGUGCCUCUCCUAGCUGAGUAUAAGAAUACAUCUAAACCUACUUCUGAAGCAAGUACCUCUGAAGAGGUGAAGGUAGAGGCAGAAACAGACCCAAAUAUGUCAGAUGCAGAACAGAGCCUUGAAAGGGAGCUAUCUUUUAUUCGCAAGGCUAAAGAAUCUGGGGUUGUUUAUCUUCUUGGUCAUGGAGAUAUUAGAGCAAGGAAAGACUCAUGGUUUAUAAAGAAGUUGGUCAUAAACUACUUCUAUGCUUUUCUGAGAAAGAACUGCAGAAGAGGAAUUGCAAAUUUGAGUGUUCCCCACUCGCAUCUUAUGCAGGUUGGCAUGACAUACAUGGUUUGACAAUUAAUUUUGCUACCAAAAAGAAGGCGCCUUAACCUCCUCACUUUUGUUCCUGCAACUGAGGGCAAUUAGAAGUUGCAUCCAUGAGUUCACACAAAGCGAAUAUCAGUUUCUUGAUGCGAGAUGCGCAUGUGAGUUAACUUAUGCUUAAGCCAAUUUCUUAACUGUCUUGCCAUUCAAAGGUGCCAACCUUCAAACGGUUCAUUCUUAAAUCAGGAAGUUUUGUAGUCUUGAUCUUGGGUUGCCUUUUAAUAUACAUUGAUUUUAUUGGUGUUACAGAUGCAAAUGCAAUCAAUCAACCCUUGUAAUUAACAUUUGAAAAGUGACGUGAAUGUGAUUCAUCAUAAAGAAAUUCCACUUCGAAA